UAACUAAUCAUGGCAUCGAGUUGUACCGAAAGUCCUGCUCUUCAAAGCGAUUCCAGUGAGCGGACCUGCUUCAUGGAGAAAUUAAUGGCGAAAAUAUUUAGCUUCUACGACGAACAGUCUCUAAUCGAUGUGACAUUUAAAGUUUCGAACCCAACGGCUCUUGUACCCGCGCAUCGUUUGGUACUCGCAGCAGCGAGUCCUUACUUCGAGAACCUUUUCAAUGGCGCUCAAGGCACUAAUCCUGUCAUAGAGAUAAAUGAUAUCGAUAGCGAUAUUUUUGAGCGUCUAAUAACAUUUUGUUACACCGGUCAGACCCUCAUUACCGUUAACAAUGUCAGUGACAUGCUAAAGGCGGCAAUCGUUUUGCAAUUGGACGAUGCCAUAACCUCUUGUGUGGACUACCUCAUGGCACACAUUAAUGAAUACACUAUACAGGGCGUUUAUACGCUAGAGCGUGAAACGCAUUAGAAAAUCAUUGAAUAUGAAACACAGAAUUUCGUGGAGAUCAGCCAAAGCGAUGAGUUUCUGAAUUUUGAUUUUGAAAAAAUGCAACGUAUUCUGGAAUCUGACAAUUUGAAUAUAACUCGUGAGAAAGAUGCCUUCGAUGCCAUAAAACGCUGGUUCAAUUUUGAUGUUGCUGCGCGUCAAGAACAACUGCCACUUUUAAUAGCUUGUCUCCGACUUACCCAAUUCGAUGCGGACUUUCUGUUGACUCACAUACAACCACUACCCGGCUGCGAGCUGCUGGCCUUUAAGGCGUUAUCUUGGAUCAUUAAGCCGGAAGCACGAACAAAGAUAAAUAUGCGGUUUACAGGACCACGUAGGGUCGAGGCGUUUCCGUUUUUCAGAGAGCCUCAAACACAGCCAACCAUAAAUAUGCAAGUUAAAGGAUCACGUGGGGUCGAGGCGUUUUCGUUUGUCAGAGAGCCUGAAGCACAACCAAAGAUAAAUAUGCAAUUUAAAGGACCACGUGGGGUCAAUGCUGCAAGUUGUGGUGAGAAAACAUUGCUGGCAUUGUGCUCAAAGACUGAGGAUAAGUGGCAGGAAUAUGCGAGUAUAGAAAUCGAUUACCAAUGAUAUAGAACUAUCUUAAAGGAUGAUAAUUUGUUAUUUGUUGGCGGUUAUAAAACUGGUGCCACAUUAAACAUCGUCCGCAGCUGGAACAUAAGGAAUAAGGCAUGGCAAAGUUUGCCCGCCAAGAAACAAUCAAGAUUCAAACACUGCGUUGUCGAAUUAGAUGGUAAAAUCUACGCGAUUGGUGGUCAUGAUAUUAAAACGGUUCUGUCGUCAGUGGAAAGAUAUACGACUUCCGCUGGUUGGGAGUUCGCGAAAAGCUUGAAUGUCGCUCGAUAUGACGCAGGUGCAGUAUCUUUGAAUGGUAAAAUAUACAUAAUGGGCGGUGGUAAUGACAAUGGAAGUUUAAAGUCCGUCGAAUGCUACAACCCGCAUUUGAAUAUUUGGAUUCCUUGCGCGGAUAUGACAGAAAGUCGCACAUUACCUGGUGCAGCUGCACAUAAUGGUCGCAUUUAUGUUUUAGACAGUACCUUUUGAACAGGUAGUUUGAACAGAACUGUUGAACGUUACGAUCCUCAGCGAAACACAUGGUCACAGAUUCGCUCUUUGGGAGUUGGCUAUUGUAGCAUAUCUUGCGUAUCGCUGGACAAUAAACUCUGGGCUCUUAAUAGAUCUUGUAUAUUUUUUCCUUUCAAAAACAAUGUAUCAGUCUAUGACGAGGAAAAUGACCGUUGGGAACAAAAGUGUGCAUUACCCGCAUGUAAAAUUAUUUCCGGUUUUGUUGCGCCUGUAGCCUUACUAACGUCGA